AGUGAGCCACGCCGGGGCUGUGGGGGGAAGAUGGCGGGGAAGAAGAAUGUCUUGUCGUCUCUGGCAGUUUACGCGGAAGAUUCAGAGCCCGAGUCCGACGGCGAGGCGGGAGUCGAAGCGGCGGGUAGCGCGGCUGAGGAGAAAGGUGGAUUGGUGUCUGAAGCCUAUGGAGAAGAUGACUUUUCUCGCCUUGGGGGUGAUGAAGAUGGUUAUGAAGAAGAGGAUGAGAACAGCAAACAGUCGGAAGACGAUGAUUCGGAGGCCGAAAAACCUGAGGCAGAUGACCAGAAGGAUAACACAGAAGUAGAAAAGCGAGACCCCCAAGAAUUAGUUGCUUCCUUUUCUGAAAGAGUACGGAACAUGUCACCUGACGAGAUUAAGAUCCCCCCAGAGCCCCCUGGCAGAUGCUCAAAUCACCUGCAGGACAAGAUCCAGAAGCUUUACGAGCGAAAGAUGAAGGAGGGAAUGGACAUGAACUACAUCAUCCAAAGGAAGAAAGAGUUCCGGAACCCCAGUAUCUAUGAGAAGCUGAUCCAGUUCUGUGCCAUCGAUGAGCUCGGCACCAACUACCCCAAGGACAUGUUUGACCCCCACGGCUGGUCUGAGGACUCCUACUACGAAGCACUGGCCAAAGCCCAGAAGAUUGAAAUGGACAAAUUGGAAAAAGCCAAAAAGGAGCGAACCAAAAUCGAGUUCGUGACGGGCACCAAAAAGGGCACCACAACCAGCGCCACGGCCGCCGCCACCACAGCCAGCACCGCCGCGGCAGAUGCCCAGAAGAGAAAGAGCAAGUGGGACUCGGCCAUCCCGGUGACCACGAUCGCCCAGCCCACCAUCCUCACCACCACGGCCACGCUGCCGGCCGUCGUCACGGUGACCACCAGCGCCAGCGGCUCCAAGACCACUGUCAUCUCUGCUGUGGGCACCAUCGUGAAGAAGGCCAAGCAGUGACGGAGUGUGGCUCCGUGCUCGGACGCUUUCCCCGAGGGAGGGCGCGCUCCAGGCGUGAGACUGGGCCCCGUGCCGACGCCCGCCGGAGCGGCCACUUUGUCUAUGCCAGGACUGGGGCCUGCUCCCCAGAUGCCCCCCGACGGGAGCCUGCCGAGGUCCAGCCAGGAGGCCGCCCGCCGUGCAGCGGGGCUUCGGGCCGGCUCGCGCUAUUAAAGGUGGCGUGUGUGGCGCCGCGGCUGCCUGGCCUCCUGGCCUGCUGCCGGCCGUUUCCAUGCACACGCCAAGAGCUCCGCACCCUCCCCCGGUGGGGUUAGGCCUCGGGCUGACGGCAAGGCGGCGAGUCUGUGCCACCGCUCCGGUGGCGGCCCAGGAAGGCCCACUCACUCCCAGCGGGUGGGAGUCCAGAGCGUGAGGACCAGCAUUCCUGCACCCAGGCCCUGGGGGCCACAGCACCUCGACCACAUUCAGGCACGUCAAGUCAGUUACCAGACGGGCUGAGGCUGGUCCCUGACCUGUGCAGGGCGGGUGUGCAGGUGGGCGCCUGGCCAAGGCCACCCGGGCCCGCAGUGCCCAGCUCGUUCAGCGCUGCAGGGAGAUGAGUCACCUCCUGCCCUGGCCGGGCGGCCGCCCGUUGUUUGUGUAAACUCGGCUCCGGGGAGGGCCCUGGCUCCCCGCCCUUCCUGCGCUCUUAUCUCUGCCCCACAGCAGCCCCUGGCUGGGCAGUGCCUACACCCCUCUUGGGGCCGAAACAGACUUCCCAGCCAGCACACAGCCAGGGGACCGCUGCUUCCUCGCCCUGCGGAAGGGCCACGUGUCGGGGCAGGAAGCUGGGCUGUGAAGAGCUCACCGCAUCCAGGGACGGCUGGGAGUUUGGAGAGUUGAGAGUCUGAAACUGCACCUGACACUGACUGACAGGCAGCCAGGCAAGCUGGUCACCCAGAGGGGCGCAGCCGCCCCUCAGUCCUGAGGGGGCUUUACCCUGAGCUGGAGCAGGGGCCCCAUCUGAAUGCCAGGGAGUCACAGGGCCUUGGGGCGCGGUGGGACCAGGAACAAGCGUGAGGCAGCACCCUGCCCCACCCCUGAGGAAGCCAGCUGGCCGCGCGGUCUCCUGCCCGCCCUCAGUUUCCCUCCAAUAAAGCUGUUCGAGCUGGCUGGCACGCCCCAAGCCCUAGGCAGGAGCCCUGCGCUGUUUGUGCCGCUCCCCCGGCGCCCAGAUGGGGCUUUCCCUACAGCCCUUUGGUCCUCGGGGUGCGCCCAGCCUUGCCACAAGCUGUUGGACCAUCCCCUCUCCCUGGCAGCAAGGGUCCUGGGGGAUGAGCACAGGCAGGCAGCCCCCCGGCUAUGCCAGCCAGCAGCAAGCGGCACAGGUCACUGACCAGUGUGGGGAGCCUGGGUGUAGUGGUUUCUGGGGGGCUCCUCCCUGCAGGCAGCUGGGGCUGCAGCCUGCCCCAUCCCUCUUCCUGCACUUCCGGUCCCCACGGCGUGCACCUGGAGCCGUGCUCCCCCACCUGAUGGGUCGUUUCAGUGCCCCUUUGCCGUGACCACUGCUACUUGGUGUGCUCACCCCCGUGCCGCAAGUCUCUGGGUUCCUCUGCACCUGCUGUGCCCUUCCAGUGGCCUUUCUAGUUCUUCCCGCCCAGAGGAGGGCAGGGGCUGUGGACCGCUCCUCUGGGCAGAGGCCACCCAUUGCCCUGUCUUGCCACUGCACCCCGCCCCCAGGCUUUCCACAGGUGAUGGCCCCUCAAGACACUGCUCCCAUUGGCCGGUGCCCCCUCACGCCCCUGGGCAUAGCUACUGCAUCCUUGUCCUCGGCUCCCACUUUCCCCUCCACCCAGCACACUGCUGCCUCGCGAGCUCCGACCACGUGCUGGUUGGCCCAGGCCACUCGUGCCUCCUGGUCCUCGCUAGCCUGUCCCUGGGCGCCUGAGGGAGGUGGGGCGGGAGGAGAGGCCUCUGUGCUCCGGGGUCUCUGGGCAGAAAGCACUUAGCUCCCCCUCACAAUUGCCCACAAGUUGGUCGCAGUGGUGGGCACCAGAGGGUUCACUGUUCUGACUUAGUAUAUUUUCAAAUCUUUUUUUUUUUUUUUUAAGAUUGAUUUAUGCACACAA